CCGCCCGAUUCUGGUUAUUCUUCUGCCUCCAUUUAGAAGCCGCCUCCCUCUCCUUCACUCCAAUUUUUUUCCUGGCUCGCAACUCUCAUUUCCAGCUUCAUUCUUCGUCGACCAACAUUGCUUAUCGUUCUUCAAGCUGAGAACUUCUCCGCCGGACCCCUGGUCGUUGACUCGCUCGGGGAAGCACCAGAAGACAACAACAACGAGGGAGUCGAGCGGCAUCACUGAACCCUAGAGGUUGUUGAAUUUGGGGAAGAGAGAGUUUAGGGGAGAGGAUGGUGAGGAAGAGAGAUCAUGAAGUGGAAGAAGGUUCCGUUAAAAGACAGAGAGUGGAAGAAGGUCCGUCUUCUCCUGUAGAUACUGACAACCCUCUAGUCCCGUACAAUGAUGUGGACGAGGAGGAGGAGAAUGAAGCGAGGGAGCAGAACAAUGGCGGUAGGGGUGGAGAAGAGGGAGCUGUUGUUGAUGAUGAUGACGACGAUGAUGAUUAUAAUGAACAAGAGGCGAGCAUUCAGAGGCGGAGGAAGCUACUGGAGCCUCGUGAGGACUGUCCUUAUCUUGACACAGUGAAUCGCCAGGUGCUGGAUUUCGAUUUCGAGAAGUUUUGUUCCGUCUCUUUGUCGAAUCUGAAUGUUUAUGCGUGCUUGGUUUGUGGGAAGUAUUACCAAGGAAGAGGGAAGAAAUCCCAUGCGUAUACUCAUAGUCUUGAAGCAGGGCACCAUGUGUAUAUCAAUCUAGAGACCGAGAAAGUGUACUGUCUUCCUGAUGGAUACGAAAUCAUUGACCCGUCUUUAGAUGACAUACGGCAUGUGCUGAAUCCGAGGUUUACCAGGGAGCAGGUUGCACAGCUGGACAAAAACAGACUGUGGUCUAGGGCGCUUGAUGGGUCUGAUUACCUUCCUGGAAUGGUGGGCCUCAAUAACAUCCAGGGAACUGAUUUCGUGAAUGUUACAAUCCAGUCUCUGAUGAGGGUAACACCUUUGAGAAAUUUCUUCCUCAUUCCUGAGAAUUAUCAGCACAAUCGGUCCUCUCUUGUUCAGCGUUUUGGGGAGCUAACAAGGAAGAUAUGGCACGCUAGAAACUUUAAGGGACAGGUGAGCCCUCAUGAGUUUCUUCAAGCAGUUAUGAAAGCCAGCAAGAAAAGGUUUCGCAUAGGCCAACAGUCUGACCCUCUUGAGUUCAUGGCUUGGCUUCUCAAUACGCUUCACGCAGAACUUAAGACCUCCAAGAAGAAUAAUAGCAUAAUUUAUGACUGCUUUCAGGGAGAGUUGGAGGUUAUCAAAGAGAUUCCUAAGAAAGCUAUCACUGAAAAGAAAGAAAAUGUUGGUGACAAGAGUGAGAAAACUACUGAUGGUGAGACAGAACGUGGUGAUCCUCUGAUGGAGAAGUCCAGAAUGCCAUUCUUGAUGCUCGGACUGGAUUUGCCACCUCCUCCUUUGUUUAAGGAUGUGAUGGAGAAAAACAUUAUUCCACAGGUUCCUUUGUUCAACAUACUGAAGAAAUUCGAUGGAGAGACUAUCACCGAAGUAGUCCGGCCUCAUAUUGCCCGGAUGAAAUAUCGAGUGACCAGAUUGCCCCGAUACAUAAUCCUUCACAUGCAACGGUUUAAGAAGAACAACUUCUUCAUUGAGAAGAACCCAACAAUAGUCAACUUUCCCGUCAAGAACUUGGAACUUAAAGAUUACAUUCCUCUGCCAACGCCCAAGGAGAACGAGAAAUUGCGGUCGAAGUACGACUUGAUAGCCAACAUUGUCCAUGAUGGCAAACCAAAAGAGGGUGUGUACAGAGUGUUUGUGCAACGGAAGUCCGAAGAGCUAUGGUACGAGAUGCAGGAUCUGCACGUCUCAGAAACACUCCCUCAGAUGGUUGCACUCUCGGAGACGUAUCUCCAGAUAUACGAGCAGCAUCAGUAAUCCUUCACGAAUCGGCUAGCUGAGCCUCUCCGCCGUCUGCUGGCCGGUGACUCGCUCGGCGAAGCACAAGUGAAAGCAGAGGAGAAGAAGAAAGACAACAAGGACUCGAGAGCGGUAUCAGCAUUGAAAUUGGAGAAGAGAGCGAGUGAGUUUGGAGAGAUGGUGGUGAUGAAGAGUGAAGAACUUGAUAGGAUAAUGGUGGAUGAACAAGGUUCCAUUAAGAGACAGAAAGUGGAGGGAGCUGUUCAUGUUGUUGAUGAUGAUCAACAAGGGUCUAGCCUUCAAAGGCGGAGGAGGCAACUGCAGCCUCGUGGAGACUGCCCGUAUCUCGAUACCGUGAAUCGCCAGGUGCUGGAUUUCGAUUUUGAGAAGAAAUGCUCGGUCUCUUUGGAAAAAUUGGAUGUUUAUGCAUGUCUGGUGUGUGGGAAGUAUUACCAAGGAAGAAGGAAGAAUACCCAUGCUUAUACUCAUAGUCUUGAAGCAGAUCACCACGUCUAUAUCAAUCUACAGAAUGAGAAAGUAUACUGUCUUCCUGAUGGAUAUGAAAUCCUUGAUCCAUCUUUGGAUGACAUACGCCAUAUUCUGAAUCCGAGGUUUACAGUGGAACAAGUUGCACAGCUGGACAAAAACAGACAAUGGUCUAGGGCGCUCGAUGGAUCCGAUUACCUUCCGGGAAUGGUGGGCCUCAAUAAGCUUCAAGGAACUGAUUUCAUGAAUGUUACCAUUCAGUCUCUAAUGAGGGUAACACCUUUAAGAAAUUUCUUCCUCAUUCCUGAAAAUUAUCAGCACUGUCAGUCCUCUCUUGUUCAAUGCUUUGGGGAGCUAACACGGAAGAUAUGGCAUGCACGAAACUUCAAGGGACAGGUGAGCCCUCAUGAGUUUCUUCAAGCAGUUACGGAAGUCAGCAAGAAAAGGUUUUGCAUAGGCCAACAGUCUGACCCUCUGGAGUUCUUGCAAUGGCUUCUCAAAGCACUCCACGCAGAACUUAAAAAUUCAAAAAACAAUAGCGUAAUUUAUGACUGCUUUCAGGGAGAACUUGAGGUUAUGAAAGAGACAGAUGGCAAUACAGGAGAUGAUGAUGUUCUAAUGGAAAAAUCAAGAAUGUCAUUCUUGGUGCUCGGACUGGAUUUGCCACCACAACCUUUGUUUAAGGAUGUGAUGGACAAAAGUAUUAUUCCACAGGUUCCUUUGUUCGACAUACUGAAGAAAUUCGAUGGGGAGACUGCCACUGAAGUAGUCAGGCCUCAGAGGGCCUGGGUGAAAUAUCGGGUAACCAAGUUGCCAAAGUAUCUAAUCCUUCACAUGCAGCGAUUUAAGGAGAACAACUUCUUCAUUGAGAAGAACCCUACUAUAGUCAACUUCCCCUUGAAGAACUUGGAACUGAAGGACUAUAUUCCUCUGCCUAGGAAGAUAGAAAAGUCACCCUCAAAGUACGAUCUGAUAGCUAAUUUAGUCCAUGAUGGCAGACCAAAAGAGGGUUCCUACAGAGUCUUUGUCCACCGAAAGUCUGAAGAGCUAUGGUACGAGAUGCAGAAUCUGCACGUCUCAGAGACACUCCCUCAGAUGGUUGCACUCUCAGAGGCGUAUCUCCAGAUCUACGAGCAGCAUCAUUAGUAGCUCUCUUAAUUUUCCAUGUACAAUGACGUGAAAUCUGAACCCGACUUGGAGCAAAAACCAACAAGAUGAAUGUUUAAGUUGUCUUCUGAGAAUCUUCCCAGCACCAGACCUCGGAACCUUGUCCACGAACGUCACCCUCCUCAGCUUCUUGUACGGCGCGACCUGUGCUGCAAUGAAGGUCUGCACACUCGCUUCACUGAGCGAGCUGUUGGGCGCACGGACGACAUAUGCAAUAGGAACCUCGCCGGCCUUUACAUCCGGGUACGGGAUGACAACAGCGUCGACUAUCUCGGAGUGGGAGAGCAGCAGCCCUUCAAGUUCUGCCGGCGCCACCUAUAACGAGCCGAUUAAUUCAGUGCAACACGAGGAAAGGAGGUAGCUCAACUCGGCCAUGUUGUUCUCAACACCACCAUCUAUGAGAACGUGCACAUAGGCGUCCUCGGAUGAAUGCGGUGGCAAUGCAGAACGCCCAUCAUGCACAAUCCGAUGACUGUUCGCCCUAUUCGCCACGUUCUCUCAGAUGGCGUGUUGCGAGCACCAUAGCUUGUUUCGAGCUAUAUUUAUGCGAGGAAAGUGAAGGGUUCAAAGUACAGUUGUUUAGCUUGAUUGGCGUUACGGUACGUACCUUGCAUCAUAUUUGGUCCACGAACACAAAUCUCACCAGUUUGAUUGGGUGGCAGUGGAUUCGACGUCUCUAUGCCAAUUAUUUUGGACUCAACCCCUGGAACUAGUUUCCCAGAACAGCCAGAAUGUCGCAUUUCUUCCCUCUCAUUCUCCAUUGAUAUGAUUCCACAAGUCUCAGUCAUGCCAUAUCCCUGAACAACAUGGACGUGCGGCAGUUUUGUGGCACAUUCCUGCAUCAGAUCCUUCCCCAGCGGCGCCCCGCCGGAGGUGAUCAACCUCAACGACGACAGAUCGUACCUCUCCCCCAUCUCAUCCCACCGCUUCGCCAGAGCGAUCAUCACCGGCGGCACCACCGCCAGCUGCGUCACUUCAUACCUCUCCACGCACCUCACCAUCUCCUCCAGCUCGAACCGCUCCAUCGACACCACCGCGUUCCCUCGCCGGAGCUGCGAGUAGGUCGCCGCGGAGAACCCGAAAAUGUGGUACAUGGGCAGGAAGCAGAGUAAGACCUCCUUCGCCUCAGAAUAAGCCUCCUGAUCCGCCGUCACCAUCGCCGCCGUCGCGAUGAAGUUGCCGUGGCUCAGCAGCACCCCUUUGCUCUUCCCUCCCGUCCCCGACGAGUAGAACAGCGCCGCCGCGCUGCUCUGCUUCACCUCUGCUUCCGGCAGCUCUGUUUCCGCUUCGGCCGAUUCGAUCAGUUCCGAGUACCGCCAGACCGUCCCGGAUUCUAAUUCGGGGAGAACAGAGUAAUCAUUAUUCAGCAGAAUCAACGGCAGAUUGAAGCCGGCGAGCUUGUCCACCAGUUGGGGGGCGGUGAUGAUUAAUUUCGGCUUGGAAUCGGUGAUCUGGCUGGAGAUUUCGCCGACGGUGUAAGCCGGAUUGCAAGUUGUAGCAAUCGCGCCGAGGGAGACGAUUGCGAGGAAGCAGAUGGGGAAAUGAAUUGAAUUCGGAGAGAUAAUCAGGACGACGUCGUUUGCUUUCACGCCGAGCUUGUACCGGAGGGAGUGUGCCAGCUUGCUGACGUAGAUUCUGAGCUGUCCGAAGGACAGAGUCUCGCCGGAAACAGAGUCGAUGAGUGCGGCGGAAUCGGGAGAGGAAGUGACGGCGGCGGAGCUGAAGAGGAAGGAGGUUAGCGAGAGGUUCGGGUCGGUCGGGAAAUGGACCGGCGGUCUAGGAGAGGCGUAGAUCUGAGUGGCGGCGUCGUAAACUGCUGGUUUCGCCAUUUUUCCGGUUCUUCGGUCGGCAGUUGACUUUUCCCGCGCCUGAGAUUUGAAAACAAAAGAAUAAAGAAGCUUGAAUUGCUUGUGAAGGCCAAUCGCAGAGAAAAAGGACUGAGAACGUGGGUGCUUAUAUGUUGCUGCUGAGAGGGAUCGUUGACAAAUCCUUUUCCCUACAGCUGAAAAUCUGAAACUCCGGCGUCAAAUCCCUACAAUAGGGUCUGUGUUGAAUACUGUGCUACGAAGCUAUCGAAGAAAGUCGUAUCGAAAUUUCUUUCUUUGCAGGCAUGAGAUGCAGGAUCUGCACAUCUCCGAGACGCUCUUCCUCGGAUGGUUGCGCUAUCCGAGGCAUAUCUGUCUGCAGAUAUAUGAACAGCAUAAGUUGCAGCAGCUUCAUUCACCAGAGUUCAGUAGCCUUCUUCAUUCUCAUUACUUCGAACCAAGGUCUUCCUUUGCUGGUUUAUGUUGGGAUUUUGUGCUGUAAAUUGGCAUUAAGAUGGAGAUUUGUCUCAAAAGUUCUCUGUAUAAUUCUAUCUAUGAUUCAGCUCAAAAUCACCAUAUCUAUAAGUGUAUUCACAAAUCACAAAUUCCAUUACUCUUUAGAGUCUCCUCCAAACAUGAGAUGGUUAACUUUGUAGACAGGAAUAUCUGAAAUCGGCUUGAUUGCCUCCUGCUGCUGCUGAUCCCCUGGUGGCAACUUGACAUCAUCGGUGGCUUCCCGGGUGACCUCAUCAAACACCAUGGACAUCGAAGUUGUGGAAGGCGUCGAGAUGAAGUUGAGACCGAUGUAGAAAGCCAAUGCCAACACAAUUGCCACCAUACCAUAAGUUGGCAAAGCUAGUGCCCAGUACCUGUUGGGGUAGUAAGAGAUGCCAAUGGAGUGCAGCCAGGGUUCAGGAACAUAAGCCCAUGCCAGGAAGAUGACUGCAUCCAACAAUGGUGGUGAUGGAGCCUACAAAGCCGUAAACUUCUGAAGGUUUUGGACCCGAGACCGAUGAAGGGUGACGGCAGCUGCUCGUGCUAGUGUGAUGAUGAAGGAAAUCAGAUGAUCCUCUUCCUCCCCUUGUUGUUGUCCUCUUCUGGUUCUUCUUCGUCUUCGAGAAGCUCAGCACUCUUCUUGGACUGUUCACCGAGUAACCAUCGUCUAGUUCCUCCAUGAUGUGAGAACCAGAUUCGCGGAAUGAGAAACCCUAGUCUUCAAAUGCGCUCUUCUCUGGGGUCGAAUUAGAUUGAGCUAGUGAUUACUCGGAAUCUAGAAAUGGGGAAAUGCUCUGUUUUUAUGCUCUCUGUGAACUCCACCUAUAAUAUAAAGAAGAAAUCGCCAUUACCGCCUAACGACCAUAAAGAUGCAAGCUUUCCCGAUUGGCAAUGCUAGUUCGUCGGCGGGCGGUGAGAGGGUUCAGGCGUCAGACGUUACGGCUAAAAGACUAACGGAAGCUGGCGGAUCCGGAUCGAAGAUUGCUUGCUAUCACCGGCGCAUCGGAAAAAAGUCAAAUCGACAAAAUUUGGGGAAGAUCUCGUUCUCGAGCUCAGCUCUGACUGUGAGCUGUUUGAAGAAUGAAGAAGGGAGAAUUACAUGAUGGAUCACUGAACUAU